CCAAGCCUCUCUCUCUCUCUCUCUCUCUCAAAUCAUUUCAACUCCACGUCCCUCUCUCUCUCUCUCUCUCACUCUCACAUCGCGAUUUCAGAUAAUAACGGUGGAAUGAUGGAGUUCAGGGGUCUGCUACAGAAAAUGGGUGGGGAAGAGAUUUUGGCGGUUUUGUGUGAUGAUGGUGGGUUUUGUCAACACUGUCAAGCCCUGUUGCGGACUCGAAUUCAGAAUCGGAUCAAUAACGGAAAACUAAGAGAAUUAUCAGACUUCCGGUCUGCAGGUUCUAAAAUUUCAGAACCUUCUGCUAAGAAACGGUCAUGGAGCUCCAUCCAAACCUCAGAAGAUGGAGUUUCCUCUUUGAAUGAUAUUGGGUUAUUAAGGGAGCAAAACGAGCAUGUUAGGUUUGCAGAAGUUGGCAGGAAGAAGAAUUUUUAUCACGUUGAGAGAAUCUAUCGGAAGCCAACGAAUGUGCUUCAAGGGCUUGAGCUACAUACUCGCGUUUUUAAUGCCGAGGAGCAGAAGAAGAUUGUUGAAUGUGUCUACAAUUUACAGCGCAUGGGACGGAAGGGGCAACUGAGAGCCAAGACAUAUUCAGAACCAGAAAAGUGGAUGCCAGGCAAAGGGCGGAUCACAAUUCAAUUUGGUUGCUGUUAUAACUAUGCAGUGGACGAAAAUGGGAAUCCCCCCGGUAUUCUUAGACAAGAAGAUAUUGAUCCCCUACCCCUUCUGUUCCAGCAAAUGAUCAAACGGAUGGUUAGGUGGCACGUUCUGCCUCCAACUUGUGUCCCUAACAGCUGCAUUGUGAACAUCUACGAUAAAGGGGACUGCAUUCCUCCUCACAUUGACCAUCACGAUUUCCUGCGGCCUUUUUGCACAGUAUCAUUCUUAACUGAGUGCGAUAUACUCUUUGGUACAUAUCUGAAAAUUGUUGGUCCGGGAAAGUUCGAGGGUCCUGUCUCAAUACCUUUGCCUGUCGGAUCGGUGCUUGUUCUAAGUGGCAAUGGAGCCAACAGUGCUAAGCAUUGUGUUUCCGGAGUCAAACGAAGAAGGAUUUCCAUUACUUUCCGGAAAAUGGAUGAGCGCAAAUUACCAUACAAUUACUUACCUGAGCCAGAGCUUCAGGGAAUAAAGCCUCUUGUCCAACGACACCAGCAUGAAAAUUCCAAGUCACCUGUCCAACAAAACCAGCACGAAAAUUCCAGGUUCCCUGUCCGACGAAACCAGCACAAAAAUUUCAAGUCACCAGUCCGACGAAACCAGCACGAGAAUAAAAAAUCAACGAUAACAAACCUGGAGGUGCUGCAGAGAUGGCCAAUACCUUAUUCGCCAUACCGAGGAGAAGACAGCUACAAACGGAGGAGAAAAAAAUAUCUGCAGAAAGAUGAUUUCUCUCCCCUCGGGAGCUCGACUAACACUUGUAUACUUCACUGA